UCUCCCCUCCCUCUCCUUCCUGCUUCAUCUCUUCAAGAAAGUGAACAUAAAGUAAAAACACGGAGAGAGAGAGGCAGAGAGAGAAAAAGCUCCCUGAAGAGGGAAGCCCCAGCAGCCAGUAGCUGUUUGGAUUUGCCUGGCGCUGCCUUUCUUGCUUUGCUCCCAAGGAAUACCUUUAAUGGGAUCAAUUGCUUCAGUUCCUUUAUAACCAAGUCCACCGGAAAGGCAGAUUCAACAUAUUAUGGGCAACUGUGUGAAGUCUCCACUGAGAAACCUCUCAAAAAAGGAUAGAGAACUACGUCCGGAAGAAAUUGAAGAAUUGAGAGAAGCCUUUAAGGAGUUUGAUAAAGACAAGGACGGGUUUAUUAACUGCAGGGACCUGGGGAACUGCAUGCGAACCAUGGGCUACAUGCCUACUGAGAUGGAGUUAAUAGAGCUCUCCCAGCAGAUCAACAUGAACCUGGGUGGCCAUGUGGAUUUUGAAGAUUUUGUUGAGCUGAUGGGUCCAAAGCUGCUGGCAGAAACUGCAGACAUGAUUGGUGUAAAAGAGCUCCGCGAUGCCUUCAGAGAGUUUGACACCAAUGGUGAUGGGGAGAUAAGCACCAGCGAGCUGCGAGAAGCCAUGAAGAAGCUUCUAGGGCAGCAGGUGGGCCAUCGGGAUAUUGAAGAGAUCAUUCGGGAUGUGGAUCUGAAUGGAGAUGGGCGCGUUGAUUUUGAAGAGUUUGUUCGCAUGAUGUCCCGUUGAAGAUUAUUCUCAGCUAAAGAAGAAUCAGCACCUUAGAGAGGGCAGAAGAGGACCUAGGUGGAACGUCUAGCCCCAGUGUUCCCACAUGAAGGUUUAUCGGCUGGCUGCAACUGAGACAUUGCAAGAUGACCUGCUGCUCCUCCCUCAUGGUGGUCCCCAUGCCCCUCCACCCUUUCACACUGUGAAAGACUUGCAACUUCCUACAACUGGAACCAUUCCUUGGAGAUGAUUGCAGGAAACUGCAGAGCCAGGACUUCCCAUGAUGCUUUCAUGGGAUAAUUGCAACUUUAGAGUCCUCCUCCCCAGCUUUAUUCUCCCACCAGCUGCUGCAAAGCAAGAGCAAGAGAAAUCCUCUUGGCUUGGUGGAUGAGAGCAAAGCCAUCGGGAUUGGUGGCAGCCUCAGGGCGUGCUCUGCACUUUUUGGUUUCCCUUGGUGAACCGUGUCUGUGUUUGCUGUCUCUGUGUGUGUGUCUAUCUGUGUGGAGUUAUUUAUGCUUCCCCGGCACGUAUUCGCAUCUCCUGUGGUUAUGUUUACCAAGAGUAAAUUCAAAUACAUGUCUUGCA